AUGUGUUCCUUUAACUUGAGGCAACAGACCUACUGCGGAUUCGUUUCAGUCAGGGUGAGUUUCCUCGCUUUUCUUGUACCUACCGAGAGUUGGCAGUUCAUAGGCCUUCUGGCGGCGAGCGUCACUCUCCUGCUGCACAUCACCUUCUCCAUCUACUUUCUGCUCUACGGAGAGCUCUACGGCCUCAUUCCGUUGUUUGCGACGAUCAUCGCCCACGCCAUCUAUCUGUUCAUCAACAUGGGCUUCAUCUCUUUCGUCGCUUUACUCUAUACAUCCUUCGAGGUGAUUUCGAACUUUUGUAGUUUAGAAGGCGUUUUCUUUCCUUUUUCUUGAAAACCUGCAAAGUAAGAAGACAGUUUUGAAAAAGGAUGACCUUUUUUCUAGCAAAUCUAGAAAAAAUUAAUGUGUGCCUGCUGCCUUUUUUUUCGAGAAAUCUAGAGCUUUUAAUAGUCUAUUUGAUCUAUUUCGAAAAAUAAUAUGAUAGUAAACACUUUGAAAAAUUGCAAAAAGGCAGGAGAUCUCUGAAAAAAACUUCAAAUGUUUCUCAGCGCUUUAAUUAUUUUUUUUCUUACAUCCUUAUCUACUAACUAACUUUGGUUUUUUUUUUUACUAACUUUGGUAAAACUAUCAACGAACAAUGAGGUUAAUCUCUUUGAAAAAUUCCUAUUGCUCGUUCAGAGUCUCAAAAUCUCAAAUCAGCAGAAUAAAUAAACUAACAAGGCCAACAUCCUUCCAAGGAGUCCAAAAUCUGAUCUAACCCAAUAUUUUCUAGUAAAAAAGAAAAAAACAGGCUCUGAUGUGUCUCGCGAUGUUGGGAAUCGGUUGCUACACCUGUCUAUUCGUCCCCUACCCGGAAAAAUCCUUCAUUUAUCGACAUUGCGUGCAAAACGGAGGUCGCAAUUGUCACUCUAGUCAGUUUGAAAAGAACAAUCUUCCUCUGAUGAAGAAGGUUCAGCGACACGAAUCACCGCAGCAGCCUGGGGACCGGCCCUCAUCCUCUUCUUCUUCGUCAACGUCUUCCUGAUCCAAGUCUUCGCGCAAGGAGCCAAGGCAAACCGAUAUCUGAGCAAACGAAAGUGAGUUCUUCUUCUUUCCUUCGACCCAUUUGAAGUUCAGAUAUUCAUCAAGUUCCUCAUACAGUUGCAAUUCGUGUUGCAGCAAUCACCCGCCCAGGAUCGCAGGAGUCGUCCCACCUGUCCAGGUGAUCGUCAACCAAGCGCCGCCCGUCCAGAAUCCGACGCCGAUUCAAACGACCUCUUCCUUGCCCAACUUCUUCCCCAUCAUGUCCCCGAUCUCCCAACCUCUUUCCGGCUCCGACAUUCCGCUCCAGAAUCUGCAAUCAAGGAGUACUAUCCACAGCAAUUACCAGCCGGUGGCUAGAAGAGCGAUGGGCCAAGUGAUGCCCUUCGGAAACGACAACGUCUACAUAUUCCGCUUCGAAGAAUGGCUCGUGCCUGGGAACGCCAACCUCCAGCCUUUCAUGGAGAGGUUCAAUCAAUACUCCACUAAUCCCAUGGUUUCGCAAAGAUGA